AUGCAGAUUUUCGUAAAAACCCUAACCGGGAAAACCAUCACCCUAGAGGUGGAAUCCUCCGACACCAUCGACAAUGUCAAAGCGAAAAUCCAAGACAAGGAAGGCAUCCCACCGGAUCAGCAACGUCUCAUCUUUGCCGGAAAACAGCUCGAGGACGGCAGAACACUAGCCGACUACAACAUCCAAAAGGAAUCCACCCUCCACCUUGUCCUCCGUCUCCGCGGUGGUGCUAAGAAGCGUAAGAAGAAGACCUACACCAAACCAAAGAAAAUCAAGCACAAGCAUAAGAAGGUGAAGCUUAGCGUGUUGCAGUUUUACAAGGUCGAUGAUUCGGGAAAGGUCCAGAGGCUGAGGAAGGAGUGCCCUAACGCUGAGUGUGGCGCCGGAACUUUCAUGGCUAAUCACUUUGAUCGACACUAUUGUGGAAAGUGUGGUCUUACUUAUGUCUAUCAGAAGGCUGGUGGAGAUUAA